AUGUCGCCUCAACUUGACCCGGUCGCUGAGCUCGAAAGCUUAAAAACACAUGUUGAUCAUUCAGGAAAUCCCAGCUUCUCAACACUUGGCCAGCGUCACCAAUCUGGUGAAGCUUCAAAAUUGUCGCCAACUGGUUCACCAAGAAAGGAAAAUGAGCUUCAGGGAGAACAUUCCCACCAUAAGAAAUCUUUGUUCUCUAAAAUGAAGGAUAAGGCAAAAAAGCUGCAGCACAGUCUCAGCGCCAAGAAGAGACAUGAUGAAGAAGGUGAUGCAACUAUGUCACCGUUUAGAAGAUCCGAAGACCAUGAAGUCAGAGAACGAAGUUACGCGACCCUGUCACCACGUGACAAGUCGAAAGACCGUAAAGUCAGAGAAGAAGAAGAGGAAGAUCCUGAAUAUCUUGGAGCCCCAAUGUAUGAAUCAAAGAAAGCACCUGAAGAGUUAAAGAAGACUGCAAAGCAGCAUCCCCGGGAAAAUCUUGUGAUCACUGAGACGAAUCUCUUAUCUGUUCUUCCAACCAAACACGACGCUGAACAUGAACAAAAAGAUUGUAUUUGUUCCAACAAAGAAAAUCCUGUCAUCUCUGAGAAGAAUGUUUUGUCUGAUGUCAAGCAAGAGAAGUCUCAUGAUUCUGACACAACAGCAAUAACAGAAUCAAUGACUAAGAAGACAGGAAACAAAAACCAGGAACCCAUUAGUCCAAGCAAGACGGUAACAGAAACUGUAACAGAGAAGCUAGCACCAGCAUAUGCCAAAGUCUCUGACGCAACACAAGCUAUAACUAAGAAGAUUCAAGAUAUGGCAUUUCCAGAAUCAACAGAGCCCGAAGAAGAGUCAAAUGAUAUUUCAGAAAUCAACACUGCAGGAACUAACCAGCCCGCUGGCUUCAAUACUAAGGUAUGGGACAAAGGCGUAUCAAUGAAGGAAUACAUAAUCCAGAAGUUUGAGCCUGGCGAAGACGAUAGAGCACUUUCUCAAGUGAUAUCGAAAGCUAUCAGUCCUCGUAAAGCUUCUUCUCAGGCUGCUAGUUUUGGUGGAGCCACAACUAUGGUACCUGCACCAAAUUCAGCAGACAACAAAGCUCCACUUUUAGCCAACACGAAUGAAAUUGUUGAGGAAGAAAAUCAUGGGAAGAUACUUCAACCAAACUAA